GCUAGCUGACCUGACUGAAGACUGAUAGUCAAUCUGUGUUGCAGCGGAGCUUUGAAAUCAGAAGAAACAGCUGCUAUUGAUCACCAAUAAAUAUGAUGGAGGAUUUCUCUGGUUUGGCCCUGCCUCCUCUGUUUGGAGGACACAUCCUGGAGGCAGAGCUGGAGCCAGGCGGUGUGGAGCUGGGACCUGGAGAGGUUGAACUGGGCCCAGGAGGCAACGAACUGCUGGAGAGUACAACACAGGAGGAUGAAGAGAGAAGAGUUCUUGAUAAGAGGAAAUAUCUGGCUCUGAGUAGAAGAUGCAAAGAGAUUGAACAGGUGAAUCAGAAGAUCCUCGGUCGCCUUCACCAAGUACAAAGAAUUACACGACGCUUGAAGAAAGAGAGACGGUUCCUCAUGAAGACUCUUGAUGCACAUGGGGACGACUACAGAAACGCACAGCUCACCAUCCUGCUUGAGGAUGAGCCUGGAGCCCAUUUAGAUCCUGCUGCUGGAGCAGAGGACGACCGGCUCAACGGCGUAUCUGGUUCCACCUCAUCUGCAGCUUUGCAUCAUGCUGCCGGGCCAAAGAAGAGGAGGCAUCGAAUACCAAGGCAAGAAAAGGAUAAAGACCAACAGACUGAACCAGACAUGUCAGUGUUGGCAGAGACACAAUUUGGAGAAAUGCCAAGCCCAACCUCUCUGUCUCACUGACCAUUGCUCAUCCCUGGAUAUGAUGAAAUAUAAAGGAGUGUCCAGUUGUUUUAACUGUUCAGUGAAUAUGCUGCCUCUGUUCAGCCGGGGUUUGCACUGUAUGAAGUUUUACUCGACCAAUGUGAACACAUUGAAUUCAUGUAAAAUGAGAUACUAGUUACCUGGUACAUACAUAUAGUAUAUUGUGUAUAUAUUCUGCUGUUUUGAUAUUUUGUACUGAGAGUUGAUGACAUCACAUAAUUAUGAUUAGUAGCAAACUAUGACAACUUUGUUUGAUAAAGACUUGGCAGCCCAGAUGCACUGAUAAUAUGGUAGCAAACUUGUGUUAUGAACGGCUUUCAUCACAAUACAUUCCUGGAUAUUUUUCAUGA